AUGUCGGCCGACUUUUGGGCAGGCUACAUCUCGGGCGCAGCUGGCAUCAUCCUCGGCAACCCUCUCGACGUGCUCAAAGUCCGCCUACAAGCCGGCAGCCCUCCCUCUCCAUCACAGCCGCCUCCUCCAUCCACUUCCCUCCUUGGUCCCUCUACCGCCGCCACCCGAUCAACACACUCCUCUUCCUACCUCCGCCCCUUCCUACUUGGGACAGCAGUCCCCGUGCUAGGCUACGGUGCGCUGAACGCGCUGCUCUUCGUGUCAUACAACCGCACCGAGUCCUUCCUCAACAGGCUUUCCGCACCAGGAGCCGGUGGUGAUGCCGCCGGUGGCCAGGGAAGGGGUACGGACCUGCUGACGACCUGGCUAGCCGGCGCCGUGGGCGGGCUCGCGACGUGGGUCGUCUCGACGCCGACCGAGCUGGUCAAGUGCCGUGCCCAGCUGCAGGUCCCUUCCUCGUCGUCCGCCCUCAGCUGCGGACCUGGCUUACAGAGCCAGCCUCCUCCACACGGGACGAGUUCCCCGUCGCCCACCUCCUCCUGGCACAUAACUACCCACCUUCUCCGCACAACAGGCCUCAGGGGUCUCUACGUCGGCGGCACGGUGACCGCCCUGCGCGACAGCAUCGGCUACGGCUUCUACUUUUGGGGCUACGAGCUCUGCUCGCGGUGGUGGGAUGAUGCCCUUUUCCUCCUCCCCUCUUCGUCAUCCACCACAACAACCACCACGACCUCCUCCUCCUCCCAUGAGGACAGUAGUACCACCAUGAACGAAGCAGCCCGAGUCCUCCUCUGCGGCGGCCUGGCAGGCAUCAUCACCUGGGCGAGCAUCUUUCCGCUGGACGUGGUCAAGACACGGGUGCAGACGCAAAGGACGCCGUUGCUUGGCGACGACAGACAGAACAUCAACGCACCACUACCGCGGAAAAGACUUGGGGCGUGGGACAUGGCCAAGGAGACGUACCGGGAGGGCGGACUGCGGCCGUUCUUCCGGGGACUGGGAGUGUGCAGCGUGAGGGCGUUCAUCGUGAAUGCCGUGCAGUGGGCCGUGUAUGAGUGGAUCAUGGUAGAGUUGGGGCAGGGGAGGAGGAAGGCAAGUCGGCAAGAGGGGUAG